AUGACCAACACACUCAUGCAAACACACACUACACAAGAGACUGAGAUUGGCACAGGGACAGCCAACAGGGACAGCCACAGGGACAGCCACAGGGACAGCCAGAGGGACAGCCGCAGAGUCAGCCACAGAGACAGCCACAGAGACAGCCACAGGGACAGCCAACAGGGACAGCCACAGGGACAGCCAACAGGGACAGCCACAGGGACAGCCAACAGGGACAGAGUCAGCCACAGAAACAGCCACAGAGUCAGCCACAGGGACAGAGUCAGCCACAGGGACAGCCACAGGGACAGCCACAGGGACAGCCAACAGGGACAGCCAGAGGGACAGCCGCAGGGACAGCCACAGAGUCAGCCACAGGGACAGAGUCAGCCACAGAGUCAGCCACAGAGUCAGCCACAGAGUCAGUCACAGGGACAACCACAGGGACAGCCACAGGGACAGCCACAGGAAACAGCCACAGAGUCAGCCACAGAGUCAGCCACAGGGACAGCCACAGGGACAGUCAGCCACAGAGUCAGCCAGAGGGACAGCCGCAGGGACAGCCACAGAGUCAGCCACAGGGACAGAGUCAGCCACAGGGACAGAGUCAGCCACAGGGACAGAGUCAGCCACAGAGUCAGCCACAGAGUCAGCCACAGGGACAGCCACAGGGACAGCCACAGGGACAGCCACAGGGUCAGCCACAGAGACAGAGUCAGCCACAGAGUCAGCCACAGAGUCAGCCACAGGGACAGGGACAGCCACAGAGACAGCCACAGGGACAGCCACAGAGUCAGCCACAGAGUCAGCCACAGGGACAGUCAGCCACAGGGACAGUCAGCCACAGAGUCAGCCACAGGGACAGUCAGCCACAGAGUCAGCCACAGGGACAGUCACAGAAACAGCCACAGAGUCAGCCACAGGGACAGCCACAGGGACAGCCACAGGGACAGCCACAGGGACAGCCACAGAGUCAGCCACAGGGACAGCCACAGGUACAGCCACAGAGUCAACCACAGGGACAGCCACAGGGACAGCCACAGAGUCAGCCACAGGGACAGUCAGCCACAGAGUCAGCCACAGGGACAGCCACAGGGACAGCCACAGGGACAGUCAGCCACAGAGUCAGCCACAGGGACAGCCACAGAAACAGCCACAGAAACAGCCACAGAGUCAGCCACAGGGACAGCCACAGGGACAGUCAGCCACAGAGUCAGCCAGAGGGACAGCCGCAGGGACAGCCACAGAGUCAGCCACAGGGACAGAGUCAGCCACAGGGACAGUCAGCCACAGAGUCAGCCACAGGGACAGCCACAGGGACAGCCACAGGGACAGUCAGCCACAGAGUAG